GAGGAUAAUCGCAAUGUCGGACCCCAAGGACGACGAUGAGAACCUCUUAAAACGACUAAACGCACUCAAACAGUCGAGGGUGCAAUUUUCAGACGGUCCAGCUACCUCGACUACUGCGGACUUGACCUCCCGGUUCCAAGGUCUACGAGCAUCAAGUCAGACCCCUGAAACCCCGACAUUAGAUGACGAAAGAGAUAUCCUCGAAAGUCACUUUUCCGCAGAGGACGAUGGAUUUGAGCAGCUACUGAAAGAGCUGGACCAAGACGCUUCAAAACAGAUCGGCCGUACAGAAGAGGACGACAUCAAGCGGUUACUGGACGAGGCGCAUCAGGUUUUAGAUGCCGCUAAGGAUGAUAUUGAGGGAUCGGGCAGACUCAUGAAAGAUGAGACAGUUCAACUUAAUGAUGAAAUGCAGAAAUCGCAAGACCCCAGUCCCGAUGAUGCCGAAGAGUCCAAGGAGACAGAAGAGGAGGAGACAGCGAAGGUCAUGGAGCAGGCAUUGGACCAUGCUCAAUUAUCUCCUAAAGACGAACAAGAAGACGGCAAAUUUGGCGACACAGACGACCCAGGCCCCUUGGAAAAGUCUUUCGACCUUCCAGCUGUGCCAACAGGUCAGCUCCCACUCCACGACGUAGAGUCGGAAGUGCAGGACAAUGAUUUGGCCGCGCGGUUCUCCAGCCUUUCGCUACCGUCUGCUCCAACGUUCAAACCAGGCGACAUGGCGAAGCGGAAGAAAACCACCGAGCCAUCUGAUGAAGAGGUAGGAGGUUGGUGUAUCAUAUGCAUGGACGACGGGGAGGUUUGCUGUUUGGGAUGCGACAAGGACGUCUACUGCAGGAAAUGCUGGUUUGAAGGUCAUCAGGGUGAGGAUGCGCUCUUCGAGAAUAAGAGUCACAAGUGGGUGAAGUUCCAGAAGCUCAAGCCUUAAUGUUCAAAUGUCCUACGUCAUGGGGUUAUGAAACGGGCCCGUCACAACGCCCGAAAGAGGCAACACAAGAUGGUCAUAAGAUACAUAUUAAUCCGGAAAGCACCUCAAUUCUCCGAACACCGUCGCCUGUAUUGUACACAGA